AUGGACGCCUUCGAGUACAACCCCAAUCCCGGCCGUGUCGUCUUCGGCAGCGGCACCCUGCAGCGGCUCCCCGAUGAGAUUACCCGUUUGCAAGUCAAAGCUCCUUUGGUAUUGUCAACUCCGCAGCAGGUUGGCCAGGCUGAGAGCGUGAAGGAUGUGCUGAAGGGACAGAUCGCUGGCAUCUUUAGCGAAGCUACCAUGCACACCCCUACUCACAUCACAGACAAGGCUCUCGAGUAUGCGAAGGCACAGGGUGCCGACUCGGUCAUCUCUAUCGGCGGUGGAAGCACCAUCGGUCUGGGCAAGGCUAUUAGCAUUCGCACGGGACUGCCUCAUAUCUGCAUUCCGACCACCUAUGCUGGCAGUGAAAUGACCCCCAUCUUGGGUGAGACGGCGGAUGGCUUAAAGAAGACGCGCUCUGACCCAAAAAUCCUACCCGGGACGGUGAUCUACGAUGUGGACCUGACAAUGACUCUGCCUGCGGCUAUGAGUGCUACGAGUGGUGUCAAUGCCAUUGCUCAUGCUGUGGAGGCUUUGUACGCCCGUAACACCAAUCCCAUCAUCAACAUGAUGGCUAUCGAGGGCACUCGAGCUCUCGCCUCUGCUCUUCCUGAGAUUGUUGAGAACCCUUCCUCGCAAUCAGCCCGAUCUCGUGCGCUCUACGGCGCCUGGCUCUGCGGAACCUGCCUGGGUAGUGUAGGCAUGUCUAUUCACCACAAGUUGUGCCACACUCUUGGUGGCAGCUUCAAUCUGCCUCACGCAGAGACUCACACUGCCGUACUCCCCCAUGCCAUUUCAUAUAAUGCUCCAAGUAUUCCUGAGGCUAUGAAGCAGCUCGCGGAUGUGCUUCCAGAGAGCAACGGUGAUGCUAUUCACGGCCUGAACGUUCUGCUGACCAAGCUGAAGGUCAAACGUGACCUCAAGGCGUUUGGCAUGAAAGAAGAAGACGUGGACAAGGCCGCAGAUAUUGCUGUUUCCAAUGCAUACUGGAACCCGCGUGCUAUUGAGCGCACGCCGAUUCGCGAACUGAUCCGCCGUGUUUGGGCGGGUGAGCCUGCACGCGCCGAUCUGUAG